GUAAUUUGACAAAAGUGUGAAUACCACCAGGCAUCACUCAAAAACAAUCCUAUAUUUUUUCGUGGGUCUCGCAGAGCUCUUCACCAAGCUUGCAAAUCACUUGAGCAGCUCUUAAAUUACCUGAGCUUUGUUGGAGGAGAUCUCGAAGUCAAAAGGCAUCCCUCAACACCAACUAGGUACAUCCAAGUACACCAAGCCGGCAUCACUUUCUGCCAUAACCACAUUUUCACCAUGGGAUUGGAACGCAAUUUCGUGGGUGAUCCUCACGCAUUUGAAGGAUACUGGGGACCACCAACCUCUGUGGCCAACUUCUGCGAAGAAGACUACGGCGUUACACUAUACAUUGGAGAGUUCGUAAACACGUUUACAAAUCUCGCAUAUGUCUACUGGUCGAUCAACGAGCUCUUUCCAGGAGAGAGCUUGUUCUCUACAACAGCAUUCCCCAACCUAGCACUAUUCUUCGUCGGAGUCAUGUCCUUCGCCUUCCAUCUCACCUUGAAAUACGGCGCGCAACUCUGUGAUGAUCUGUCCAUGUUCUGGGUAUGCGCCGCCAUCAUUUACGAGUUGUACACGGUCGACCAACCACCCAAGGUGAAAGUGGCAUUUGGAUCAGCAUUGACAGCGGUACUGGGCACCAUCAGCGCAAUCCACUGUACGCUCUACCAAUUAUGGCUGCACAAUUGGACGUUCGUCCUGCUCGUCACCGCCAUCUGGCCACGGGUGUUGUAUCUGAUUCAGCGCAAAUUCAAAGGCGAGGAGAAGAAAUACUGGCUGGCGAAAUUUCGGGUUGGAGGUAUAUCUUUCGUUGCAGGAUUCAUAGUUUGGGUGAUUGACAGUGCUGCUUGUGGGCAGCUUCGCGAGGCCAGGAGGGCUGUUGGACCGCCAUGGGCUUUUGUGCUGGAGUUACAUGGAUGGUGGCACAUCCUCACUGCAGUGGGUGCCGGGUACUGCGUCCGAGUGACAAAGGUGCUUACCAAGAGAUCGUCGUGAGGUACCACAGUACUCGGGGAUGUUGCCGGACUGGAACGAAACUGUACAGUUAUCACAGCCUUGCCUAAGAGUUUCCAUACUCGUGGAAGUCCGUAAAAGUACCCAGGUAUGAUGAAAUCUCAGUG